AAUUGGUUUAAUAACAAACAAUGGUAAAGAUGGUGGAUCCUACAGAUCUUGAUGAUGAGAAAUUAGUUGGAUCAAAUCCACAAGAACGUAAUUGGCGUGGAAUAUUAAUAGCUGUACUAGUUAUCAUUAUUGUAUUAGCAUUGAUAGUGACCAGCGUUGUUUUAUUAACACCACCAGAUGAUGGACCAAGAGUUAAAGGUCGUAGAUUUGAAUUACAUGAUAUAUUAAAUCAUGAAUUCUCACCAUUACGUUUUAAUGGUUCAUGGGUAUCAUCAAAUUGUAUGAUAUUUAAAGAUGUUUGGGGUGGAAUUAGUUUAUUAAAUGCUUCCAAUUUAUCAAUAAGAACAUUAAUGUCAAAUCAAACAUAUAGAAUAUUAAAUCCAGCCAAGUUUGUAUUAUCACCAGAUCACAAUUAUUUAUUAUUAGCACAAAAUGUUAAAAAACUAUUUAGACAUUCAUAUUUAGCACAAUAUACUGUUUAUGAUAUACAAAAUAGACAAUCAUAUCCGUUAACAGUAUUACCAGAAAAUAAAGGCCAUCCAUAUUUAUUAUCGGCUGAAUGGUCACCACGACCUAGAGGUCAUGGGGUCAUCAUGGUGCAUGACUAUGAUAUUUACUAUCGUGAAGAGCCACGUUCUAAUACUGGAUAUCGGAUCACACAUACAGCGGUACCAGGUGUUGUUAGUAAUGGGGUUCCUGAUUGGCUUUACGAAGAAGAAAUAUUAAGUACAAAUACUGCAUAUUGGCUGUCCAAAGAUGGUCAUCUAUUAGUUUAUGCAACGUUCAAUGAUUCACUGGUGGAGGAACUUAAGUUUCCAUGGUUUGGUAAUCCAGAAGAUGGUGGUAAUCUAUAUCCAGAUAUACGUUCAUUACGAUAUCCACGACCUGGAACACCAAAUCCAAUAGUCACGUUACGUGUAGCAGAUCUAGCUGAUCCAAAUAAUAUUGGCACUAAGACUGUAAAGCCUCCAGAUGGAAUGGGGCCAAAACAGGAUUUAUAUUUUACUGCAGUGACUUGGGUAUCCUUAACAGAAAUAAGUGUUGUUUGGUUAAAUCGUCCACAAAAUAUAUCUAUGGUCACAAUCUGUAAAAGUCCUGCAUGGGUUUGUCAAGAGACUCAUAAGAUAACUGGUGAUGGUCGUGGAUGGGUGGAUGUUGGUGAAGCACCAUUGUUUUCACCAGAUGGUCAAACGUAUGUUAGUAUCGCUCCAGUACGUGAUGGUCCAGCUGGUCACUUCAGACACAUAAUCAGUGUAAAUAUACCAAAGAAACGUGUGCUGCCAUUGACGCAUGGUCGUUUUGAAGUUACCAGAAUUUUAUCAUGGGAUCAUAAAAAUGAUUUGAUAUAUUAUUUAGGGAUUCCAGAACAAAAGCCUGGCCAACAACAUCUAUACCGUAUUACUUCGAUACCGCCUCGAAUUGGUGCCCCCUUGAAGCCCCCACAUUGUUUAACGUGCGAGAAAGGAUCACACAUUGGAGUAUUCCCUGGUCGAUCGCCACCAACAGCAAACUACUAUGACAUGUCUGGUGGGGAGGUGAGUGUUGUGUGGGGUCGAAGACGAACUAAUACCAAUGAACGUGAUUGGAGUGGGGGUGGUCUACCACCGUUGGGGGGCUCUGAUGAUGAUGUCACCAUUCCACCCACGCCAGCUGUAAUGGUACGCAAGAAAAAGAAGAAAGUUACACCACAACCCAUCAACUUGCCAUGUCAAUUUCAUAAUGCUAUCUUUAGUCCUGUUAAAGUUUCAUAUUAUGUUCUGGAAUGUUUGGGACCAGGUGUUCCAACCAGUCAAUUGUAUGCGACAGGAAUGCCACAACCAAAGUUACUUAUGCACUUACAAAAUAAUACGUACUUGAAGGAAAAACUAUCAAAAAUGGCUCAACCACAAAUAAAAACGUUCCCUGUACAAAUAUCUGGUGGGUAUCACGCACAAGUACGAUUACAUUUACCACCAGGUCUACGUGAAGAAGAAAUCACUAAGUAUCCGUUAGUUGUCCAAGUGUAUGGUGGUCCAGGAACACAAUUAGUAACAGAUCGAUGGCGUAUUGAUUGGAAUACAUAUUUAGCAAGUAAAAAAGAUUAUAUAAUCGCUCAAAUCGAUGGUCGUGGUUCUGGUGGUCAAGGCUAUGAUUUUCUACAUGAAGUUUACUACAGAUUGGGUACCGUCGAAGUGGCUGAUCAAUUAGAAGUAACAGAAUAUUUACGUGAUUCACUUCAUUUUAUUGAUGGACGUCGUGUAGCUGUUUGGGGUUGGAGCUAUGGUGGUUUUGUUGCUUCAUUAGCUUUAGCUAGUUCAUUAAAUGUCUUCCAUUGUGGUAUUGCAAUUGCACCAGUUACCAAUUGGAAAUUAUAUGAUUCAGCAUACACAGAACGUUAUAUGGGUUAUCCAAAUGUAACAGCUAAUUACAAAGGUUAUGAAGAAGCUGAUGUAUCUCAACGUGCUGAACAAUUACGUGCACAUCAAUUAUAUUUAAUUCAUGGAAGUGCUGAUGAUAACGUCCAUAUACAACAAAGCAUGGUCUUGUCACGUGCAUUAGCAUCACAUUCAGCAUUAUUUAGACAACAAAUAUAUCCAGAUGAAAGUCAUAAUUUAGGAGGUGUUAAACGUCAUCUAUAUAUGAGUAUGUCACAUUUCUUAGAUGAUUGUUUUAGAAAACAAGUACCACCAGAUAUAAAAGCUGGUCUACGUAAUGGUGGUGGUUAUACUAAUUAA